ACAUGGAUGGGAUAGUUACUACGCGCAGACUGCUGAGUGGAACAUGGACAAGUCGGUCGAGCUGACAGCAGAACUAUCCAACACACUUUUAGCUCCCGCGUUAUAGCAGGACACCGAUUUCUGUUGUCGUGUUGUUUUUUUAAAUCGUGAAUUACGAUUAGUUGUCUAAUGCCUUUAUGUAAAAGGUGCAAACUGGCCGAAAGUAAGUCGUGGGGUUAUAGUUCAUUGGUGCUCAAGCUAUAACGUUACUCUUUAAUGUUUAAUAUCAAGUCACCGUGCACCCACCGUUUUUUUGGCUGAUCAAGAAUCUUGAGAGCAUAGUCUUGGGAGGUUUUCGAUGUGUAUCGACAACGCUACGAGAAAGACUUUUUAACUAUUUGAGUGGUUCACGUUUGCUGUCAAAAACUUGGGACAGGAAAACAUCCCCACUGAUCAAUGGACUACAAGUUUUGAGAGUUCGGUUUUGUUAAACCGCUGAAACCGGGUCGAGGCAACAACUUUCUGAACUGCAUUUGUUCUUCGAGCCUACGCGUUAUUAGAAACGAGGCAGAUGUUCAACUCGAAAAGCUCCCACAUGAACUCCAGCACGCUGCCCCGGGACGCUGAACUUCAGCUGCGGUUGGCCGACAAUGGUGGAGCCGGGGAGGCGAAGGAGAACGGCGCUGGGAAACAUUUCCUCCGCCAACCUGAGGAAAGUUCCUUUUGCAACAAGAGCAGGAUGCUCGUCGCGCUGGAUUUAUUGUGCCUGUGUAUUGCCUCCAUCCCCUUCUUCGCCUGCGAGCUGAAGGCCGUCACGCCCCACCGACGGGGGUUCUUCUGCGGGGACCCCAGCAUCGACUACCCCAACCCGCCCCACGAGGCCAUCCCUGACAGCCUGCUCAUCGCCGGGGGCAUCACCAUCACGGGCCUCACGAUCAUGCUAGGCGAGUGUUUUCGCGUGCGCUUCUGUAGCGUCAACUCGCGGGCUUUCGUGAGCAACCGCUACGUGUCGUGCCUGUACAAGGAGCUGGGCAGCUUCAUGUUCGGCUGCUGCGUUGGCCAGUCGCUCACCAACAUGGCCAAGCUCAGCGUCGGCCGGCUCCGGCCCAACUUCCUGAAGGUGUGCAACAUCACGUACGCCUCCAUUGGCUGCGCACCCGGGGCCUACGUCGCCGAAGUCUUCUGCCAGCAGCCCAAGACCAAGCUGGUGGAGGAGGCCAGGAAGUCCUUCUUCUCUGGCCACGCCUCCUUCGCCAUGUACACCAUGCUCUACCUGGCAUUCUACCUGCAGGCGCGGUUGUCAUGGCGAGGGGCGCGGCUGCUGCGUCCGCUGGUGCAGUUCCUCCUGGUGAUGAUCGCCGUCUACGUCGGCCUGAGCCGCAUCUCCGACUACCGCCACCACCCGUCAGACGUCCUGGCCGGCUUCAUCCAGGGCGGGCUCACCGCGUACUGGGUGGCCUUCUACAUCUCCUCCAUGUUCAAGCCGUGCGCGCGCCCAGACCUGUCCCCCACCUGCAUGUCCCUGGAGAGCCCCCUGUCCAGCCAACAGACCGUCUGCUAGCAGGAGAGAGGCCCCCCCUCCACCACACCAGCCCAGCCCAGCCGGAGGCCAGAGAGGACGAGAGACACAGAGAAACAACGGGAGAGAGAGAGAGAGAGAGAGGGAGAGAGGGAGAGAGAGAGAGAGAGAGAGAGAGAGAGAGAGAGAGAGAGAGAGAGAGAGAGAGAGAGAGAGAGAGAGA